CCAAGCUACGACAAUGGCGGCCGCCACCUUCGCCUUUAUAAAGCUUACCUUUGCUACCACUCAACCACACCCCCAUCCUCACCAACUCACUCCCUUGAAAAGCUAGACACACACACAUGGCCAAGCAGCUCGCCCUCGUUCUCCUCGUCGCCGUCGUGGCGGCGGCGGCGACGUCGGUGGCCGCCGCCACCAAGCUGACGCUCCACAACCUGUGCCCGUACCCGGUGUGGCCGCUGGUGACGCCCAACACCGGCUUCCCUUCCAUCUCCGGCAACACCGCGCGGCUCGACGGCGGCGGGCGCGGGCUCGUGUCGUACGACUUCCCGGCGAGCUUCUGGGCGGGGCGCGUCGUGGCGCGCACCGGGUGCGGCGGCGGCGGCGGACUGGUGCGGUGCGAGACCGGGAACGCGCCGCCGGCGACGGUGGUGCAGCUGGUGGUGCACUCGCCGGAGGGGGCACAAGACCUGGCCGCGUACAGCGUGAGCUUGGUGGAUGGGUUCAACGUCCCGGCGGUGGUGAGCCCGCAGGCCAUCGCCGGCGGCGGGCAGUGCCCGGCGCUGGGGUGCGCGGCCGACCUGAACGCCGGGUGCCCGCGGUCGCAGCGCGUCGUCGGCGCCGGCGGCGCCGUCGUGGCGUGCCGGGGCACGGCGGACUACUUCAAGGCGCGGUGCCCGCUGACGAGGACGACGGGGAGCGACGUCGAGCCCGUGCCGCAGCACUGCCUCGCCCCCGGCGAGCUCAAGGUCGUCUUCUGCCAGCCGUCCAUGGUCGCCGCCGCCGUGCCGGAGCUCAUCCGCACCGUCGUCGCCAACAUCUAGCUGUGUGUGAGGUCCUCGUCGUGCACACGUGGCGCGUCCUGCGUGCGCCACGUGUACGGACUAGCUGUGUGUAGAAGUGGGUAGGGGGGAAUAAUAAUGACAGUGCGUAUACACGUAUGUGUACACCGUAUGUCGACUGUACGCGUACGGACGGGCACAGUCUGGUAUUAGUGUUGUACGUGUACAAUCUACGACGUAUUUUGUUUUUUAUGUAAGAAAAAAAAAUGCUUUGAUGUGUUUUUAUUGCCACGUACUAUAUAUGUCUGUUUGACGCGAACCGACGAUGUAGCAACAACAGUAGAUAUGCACGUGAACGGGGAUGGAAGUUAUUGGAAA